UGUGUUCCAUGGGAAACAGCACCAGCCGACUCUACAGCGCGCUUGCCAAGACGCUGAGCAGCAGUGCCGUGUCUCAGCACCAGGACUGCCUGGAGCAGGCGGACUCGGCACGGCUGGAUCCUAUAGACCCCAAGGAUUUGCUGGAGGAAUGUCAGAUCGUUUUGCAGAAACGGCCACCCCGGUUUCAGAGGAACUUCGUGGACCUGAAGAAAAACGCUGCCAGUAACCACCGCCCCAUUCGGGUCAUGCAGUGGAACAUCCUCGCCCAAGCUCUCGGAGAAGGCAAAGACAACUUCGUUCAGUGCCCCCUGGAAGCUCUGAAAUGGGAGGAGAGGAAAUGCCUCAUCCUGGAGGAAAUCCUGGCGUACACGCCUGACAUCUUGUGCCUGCAAGAAGUUGACCACUACUUUGACACCUUUGAGCCGCUCCUCAGCCGACUCGGCUACCAGUGUACUUUCUUCCCGAAGCCGUGGUCCCCGUGCCUGGAUGUGGAGCAGAACAACGGGCCGGAUGGCUGCGCCUUGUUUUUCCUCAAAGACCGCUUUGAGCUCAUCAACAGCGCUAACAUCCGGCUCACCGCCAUGAAGCUGAAGACCAACCAAGUGGCCAUAGCUCAGACGCUGAAGUGCAACGAAACUGGAAGACUGUUCUGCAUUGCCGUCACUCACCUGAAAGCUCGCACUGGCUGGGAGAGGUUUCGGUCCGCACAAGGCUGCGAUCUCCUGCAGAACCUGAAGAGCAUUACCCAAGGUGCCAAGAUCCCGCUGAUCAUCUGCGGAGACUUCAACGCAGAGCCAACGGAGGAGGUCUACAGAGAAUUUUCCAACUCCAGCCUCAACUUAAACAGUGCGUAUAAGCUGCUGAGCCCCGACGGGCAGUCAGAGCCCCCCUACACCACCUGGAAGAUCCGGCCCUCGGGAGAGUGCCGGCACACACUGGAUUAUAUCUGGUAUUCCCAGCAUGCUUUGAAUGUGAACUCAGCCCUGGGCUUGCUGACUGAGGAGCAAAUCGGGCCCAACAGGCUGCCAUCAUUCAAUUAUCCUUCUGAUCACCUGUCUCUGGUGUGUGACUUUAGCUUUAAUCAAGACCCCGACAGACUGCUGUAAUGUGUUGGAAUGCCACCCGGUAUUGCAGUGUCUUAACUCACCCACUCUUUUAUUUUAGAGAAAACUUUUGAAGCUGGAAGCUGUUGAAGGAUGAGGAAAUACUGUUGACUAAACAUUAUUUCGGGCACUUGUUUGGAGUUAUGCUUGCCAUUCAGCGCUCGUUAGUCUGGGGCCUCCGAGGGAGGCAGAACGGAGCCAGUGUUCUUGUCGCGGUGUUCUUGCCAUGUCAGAGUUUGAAAAGUGGAAGGCAAAUGAGCUUUAUUCUUUCACUAACCCCUGUGUUUAAGGAUUUAAUCCUCUAAUGAAUGUGGAGGCCUUAGUAUUUAAAUCAAAACACCUGUGUUUGUAAAACAACUUGCCCUGACAGCAUGCUUGUUUUAUUUAUUUCACAUUA